AUUUUCUUUGCGCAUUCAACUUGCAAUACUUUACCGCCCGCCCCCUCACCUGACAUCCAACUGACCUGAUGUCACGCACAAACCUCCUACCACAGGUUUUGCUGAACGCAAGCCAUUACAUCCAGCUGCGCGCGCAAAGCGAUCAAACAGCUGCCAUCACCCGGUCGUGGGACGACACAAUCGUCGCUUACAAGCGGCUAUCCGGCCCGUGGCUGUACGGCGCCGUGUACCAUGACAAACUUAUUUCACUCGACGAUGCUGACGUAGCCCGAGCGGCAGCUGCCACCCUCACUCAGCAGGAUGAAGAUUACCGCAAUAUGGCGAUGGACCUGGCCGCUGUGCGCAAUAACCUGCAGAUCAUUUGCCUGCUAAUCAGAAUGAACGUCGGUUACAACCACUAUCACUUGGAGGCGGCCGUCAAAUUCAACAACCUCGAGCUACUGGGGCAUGUUCCACAGACAGUGCUUGCUUGUGUUCCAUUUUACGCUGCAAAGUUGAAUAACGCUGAUUUCGUGGACCGGUACUGCGACAAUGCGUCGACGCUCUCGCUCAACGUCUCGCCUUGCCUCGACAUCACAUACGGGUUUGUUGCCGGCGGCCAUACGGAAUGUUUAGAGCAACUCUUCGACUCUUAUCCGCUCUCGGACUGGGCGCUCCACGUCCUGUACACCGGCUUGCUUGCCGACAAGACGAACGUGCUCACCUGGAUGCUCGACCUGAUUGAUGAAUGGCUUAAUUCAUCCCCAAAGGCAUCACUCCAGCACCUCAUCGACGAUGCAGACGUCCUUCACCAGGUCGCAAGUCGCGGCGGGGGUUGCAAGUCCGUUCUCGGAUUCGGGCGCUUGAGUGACGAUCUCGACGUUGGGUUUGUCAUGGCCAUGCAAGAAUUGCGCAAUUGCAAACAGACCCGGUUCCAGGUCCAGACUCGAAUGUGA